CUCUGAUGGCAAAAGGUUUCAGCCCCCUCCCAACUCCACCCCUGCCCUUGUUCAAAAGAGAAACUGGUGCUUGCGAACCGCUCAUUCCCUGGGAGGCCGGAAGAGAGGACUGCUAGGUGGAGGGGAGAGGGGCUGCGGGUGCAGGAGAGGACCCCCGAUCCUGCUCAAACUCUCCCCACCCCGCCGCUGUUUUCUAAAGGAGAGUGUGCGGGAGAGACGCGAUCACCCGGGGAAGGCUCAGGUUAGGCCAGCCAGGAGGCGUCCUAGAGUCAGUGAGGGUAGUUGGCACUGGGAAGGGACUUUUGGGACACCCUGAAAGUGAGUCCAGCAGAAAGAAGCAGCUUCGGGCACAUUGAGCUCUCCGGCCAGAGAGGAAGUUGGGCGGGAGCAAACUUUCUUGGAAGGUAGAGGCCAAACUCUGCCGGGGCAGCUAGGGGCCGCGCGCAGAGGGAGGAGCGGUCUGCACGGCGGGAGGGCGCCGGGCGCGGACCGGCAGCGGAGGGGGCCGCAGCGCGAGGCGGAGCUCGGGCGCACCGCCAGGCUGGUGGGGGCCCCGUCGGGCUGCAGAUUCCCUCCGGCUCCGCGGCAGGACCGGCCAGGAGGCGCCAUGGAGGGGAGCCCCAUCCCGGUGCUGACGGUGCCCACGGCCCCCUACGAGGACCAGCGGCCGGCUGGAGGCGGGGGGCUGCGGCGGCCCACCGGGCUCUUUGAGGGCCAGCGCAACUACCUGCCCAACUUCAUCCAGAGCGUGCUGUCGUCCAUCGACCUGCGCGACCGCCAGGGCUGCACCAUGGUGGUGGGCAGCGACGGCAGGUACUUCAGCAGGACGGCCACGGAAAUCGUGGUGCAGAUGGCUGCGGCCAACGGGAUUGGUCGACUGAUUAUUGGACAGAAUGGCAUCUUGUCGACCCCUGCUGUGUCCUGCAUUAUCAGAAAGAUCAAGGCAGCUGGUGGAAUCAUCCUGACAGCCAGCCACUGCCCUGGAGGACCAGGGGGAGAGUUUGGAGUGAAGUUUAAUGUUGCCAAUGGAGGUCCUGCUCCAGAUGUCGUCUCAGACAAAAUCUACCAGAUCAGCAAAACAAUCGAGGAAUAUGCUAUAUGCCCUGAUUUGCGAAUUGACCUGUCUCGACUAGGAAGACAAGAAUUUGACCUGGAGAACAAAUUCAAACCAUUUAGAGUGGAGAUAGUGGACCCAGUGGAUAUCUAUCUCAACCUCCUUCGGACCAUUUUUGACUUUAAUGCCAUUAAGAGUUUGCUGACCGGGCCUGGCCAACUGAAGAUCCGAGUUGAUGCCAUGCAUGGAGUUAUGGGACCCUAUGUGAGAAAAGUUCUGUGUGAUGAGCUGGGGGCCCCAGCCAAUUCUGCAAUCAACUGUGUUCCCCUGGAAGAUUUUGGAGGGCAGCAUCCUGACCCAAACCUGACAUAUGCAACCACCCUUUUGGAAGCUAUGAAAGGAGGGGAAUAUGGAUUUGGAGCUGCGUUUGAUGCUGAUGGGGACCGUUAUAUGAUCCUAGGCCAAAAUGGCUUCUUUGUGAGCCCUUCCGACUCCUUGGCCAUCAUUGCCGCCAACCUCUCUUGCAUUCCGUAUUUCCGUCAGAUGGGAGUCCGAGGGUUUGGAAGGAGUAUGCCCACCAGCACAGCCCUCGACAGAGUGGCCAAAUCAAUGAAGGUCCCUGUGUAUGAGACCCCAGCUGGAUGGAGAUUCUUCUCAAAUCUGAUGGACUCGGGCAGGUGCUCUCUGUGUGGAGAAGAGAGCUUUGGCACUGGCUCUGAUCACCUCCGGGAGAAAGAUGGCCUCUGGGCUGUCUUGGUCUGGCUCUCCAUUAUUGCUGCCCGGAAGCAGAGUGUGGAGGAAAUUGUCCGAGAUCACUGGGCCAAAUUUGGCCGCCACUACUAUUGCAGGUUUGACUAUGAGGGAUUAGAGCCCAAGACGACCUAUUACAUCAUGAGGGACCUGGAGGCCUUGCUCACAGAUAAGUCCUUCAUCGGCCAGCAGUUUGCUGUGGGGAGCCACGUGUACAGUGUGGCGAAGACAGACAGCUUUGAAUACGUGGACCCUGUGGAUGGCACCGUGACCAAGAAACAGGGUCUGAGGAUCAUUUUCUCUGAUGCAUCUCGGCUCAUCUUCCGGCUCAGUUCCUCCAGUGGCGUGCGGGCCACCAUCAGACUAUAUGCAGAAAGCUACGAGAGGGAUCCCAGCGGUCAUGACCAGGAGCCCCAGGCAGUGCUGAGCCCUCUCAUAGCCAUCGCGCUGAAAAUAUCCCAGAUUCAUGAGAGAACCGGCCGGAGGGGCCCCACUGUCAUCACCUGAAUGGAGGAAAGAUCACUCACCAGGGCCAAAGAGUGCGCUCAGCGGGGGACACUUCACUCAUGCCUUCUUGCUACCUGUUUGUGCCUCUUAUGACUUUGAAAAAAAAUGAUUUGCUGGUUGUUGGGGGGCGGGUGGGUGUAGGUGGGGAAAAAAAUCUGUUUUGUUUGGGUUUUAGUAAGUUUCUGCAAUGCAACAGGGUCUUCGGUUGUCUGUGAAAGCCACACUGCCUUUUGAUACCUGUGGUUUGUCACAAGAGGGAAUCUGCCCUUUGGAGAGAGAAUCAGUGGUCCAGGAGCAGUCAGGGCAUCUGUGCAUCAUUGGUGCCAGGUGAGAGAAGGUUCUGGAAUAGCGGAGAGGGCAAUGCCAGAAGUCAGCUGACCCUAAGCCCCAGGUCCCCUCAGGCAGACCUAAGAAGACUCUCCUCCUUUUCAUCCCAGGUUACGUCUCCCUUGGGCAAAAAUUGUACAACUCCUAGUAGCCCACCUCAUGCCCACCAACCACUUUAUGGCCACUCACUCUCCUUCCCAUCUCCAAAGUCCCUGUGCCACCCUCUUCACAUCUUCUAGAGCUUUCCACAAACCACAAUGGCACACUUUCAACAAAACAUAUCAAAGGGUGUUUUUUCUCUCUUAUUUUAUAAAUAGUAUUAGCUAUUAAGCUGGCUGCAUUCCUUCAAAUUCAGCCAUUCAUUAUGCAGGCGGGAGUCUGUUUCCUGGCAGGAUUCUGAGAAUGAAUGCUGAACAGUUUCAGGUCCUUCCUUGAUUAUAUCACAUGGGUUGAUACAUGGGUCGAUCUGAUUCCCAUUGAGAUGGCAAAAUACCACCACAUCGGCUCUCUGACUUUCUCUUUCUGCUGUCUUAUCUCCCAGUGAGGGUCUGCACUUGUUUGGACACGGUUCAGAUCUUACUUAUCGUGGCUGUAAAAGGAGACAGUGACAUGCUCCACAAGUAGGAGAUGAAGUGGAUGCUGGAAGAGAACCUGACUGGUGGCACCGGGUGAUGUCCCUAAUGAGAUGGAGGGCAGGGUGGGGUCCCCUGCUGGAGAGCAGAGGGUCACAACUGGCUUUCUUGGCCCAGAAAAAGGAUAUUGCAGCCCUGGCAGCCUCCAUCAGCCCUCUCGGCCAGAAGCCUGGGUUCACGGGACCUGUUUGCACGUGUUUUGCUUCCUUGGGAACGGCAGUCACUUGCCGUGUCACUGGUGAGAUAAGGUGAUGCGCUUUGACUGUUCAGCAGUGUGUUAUUGCUGUAGUCAAGAUUAGGGCAAGCAGGGAAACAUCCCCAGCAAGGUAUUGUUUCCAUUUUCUAUCUAUGCUUCUGUCAGAUACUUGCUAGGACCUUUCUUUAUUAGCCAAUAAAAGAAAUUUCUGAUUUCAGCCUUAUGCAAGAAUUGUG